CCUCUGUACAUACACUUAUCAGCUGAAGGACUCUGUUCUUAUCAGCCUUGAGUUUGUUUGCUCUCUAACCGGCCGAGCUCCCGGAUGCAGAGUGAACGAACUCUCAGAGGGAUUGUCUGCGUUGGCAAGGGUGCAGCUCUCGUCUUGUUUGGAUUCUGUCAUGUGUAAUGCUACAAUGGGAGUUUUGUCCGGGAGCUGUGUGUGAGGACUGAGAGUACGCUAUUCAUCAGACUUUCUAUGGGACACACAAAUGUCACUCUACCAUUGAUAAGAUAUUGGGACCUCCCCCUUUUUAAAAAAAAAAAAAAAGAAAAAAUUAAAACACUAGAACUGGUUUUGUUUAUAUUUUUGUUAGUGACAACAAAUCCCCCAAAAAAGCUUUAAACCAACAACGCAUUAGUCCGUCUCCCAGCGCUGUCCAUCUUACUUUCCCCGCCUGUGGCUCCCAGCCUCAGAGUUGUUGGGCAGAUAGGUCUGGUGUCGUGCUGACUGACGGCUGCCUGCCUGUUUGGAGUUUUCUAUGCAGGAUUGAGAUUAAUGGGAAUGGGGAUGUCAUGUUCCUGUGUCUCAGCCAGAAAAGUGAGGAAAGAUAAGGCCAUGAAAAUGUCGACAAGCGUGGGAGAAAUCAGUGCCGCUGUGCAGGUUGUUCCUGACCUGCGACUGGCAAUGGAGUACGCGAACAACGCCUCAAACAGCUACAGUUCUGGAGACCCCAUGAGCGCCUCCUUAGCCAACAUGACCAUCAGUGACCAGCACCACCAGGAGAACGGGGUCCAGAUGGGACACAGAAGCCCUGGAGACACCAAAAUGAAAGACAGUGAAGCAGUGCUCAGUGAGAACGGCCUCAAAUCUAUGUCUGAACUCUCUCAGGCAGAUAGCGGUGAGGACGAGGUGACACCCGCAGCAGAGACAUUUGCAGAGACGGGUGGUGUCGAAGCUGUGUCUGAGCUCUCAGAAAUGGAGCGCACCUCGUGUGGAGAUGAGGGGCAGCUUGCAGCAGCAGGAGGAGCAGCUUCAACAGCUCAAGCAAAGAUGGAUAAUGGCUCCUCGGACAAGACUCAAACUGCCACCAAACCAACCUCUUCCCUUAAAAGACCAUCCAUAGUCACCAAAGGCAACAAAACACUUGCUUCCUCCCGAAACGGACACAGCUCCAUUCCCGUUAAAACCAGCAGCACAGGGCCCAGGCAGCCCGGAGGUGUUGCUGGUGCAAAGUCUCAAACCCCAGGAGCCAAAACUCCUGCAAAAGCUGCAGCUCAACCAGCUAGAGCCAAGAAACCUCCCACUCCAAAAAUUGAUAAAGAUGCUCAGAGUGGACAGAGCAGCCCUGGUACUCCCAAAUCCCCCUCUAGCCAAGCGCUUUCUGCGAAGGCGGCAGCGGAGGCCAACAAAGUGAAGAAGAUCGCGGUGGUGCGUUCUACGCCCAAAUCCCCGGGCUCGAUGAAGAGCCGCCCGCCGGCUCCUCUGGCCGCGGCAGCGCCGAUGCCGGACCUGAAGAACAUCAGGUCCAAGAUCGGCUCCACAGAGAACAUCAAGCACCAGCCCGGGGGUGGAAAGGUCCAAAUCCUCGACAAGAAGCUGGACUUAACUAACGUCCAAGCUCGCUGUGGCUCUAAAGACAACAUAAAGCACACGCCUGGUGGAGGCAAGGUACAAAUUCUUGAUAAGAAGCUGGACUUAAGCAAUGUGCAGUCCCGGUGUGGCUCCAAAGAUAAUAUAAAACAUGUACCCGGUGGUGGCAAUAUUCAAAUCGUGCACAAAAAGAUCGACCUGAGCACCGUCACAUCGAAGUGUGGAUCGAAAGACAACAUUCGUUACAAACCAGGUGGUGGAAAUGUGGAGAUCAAAAAUGAGAAGCUGGAGUUCAAAGUCCAGUCUAAGGUCGGUUCUCUGGACAACAUCGGCCACGUUCCCGGAGGAGGACUGAGGAAGAUUGAGAGCCACAAACUGACCUUCCGUGAGACAGCCAAGGCCCGUACUGACCACGGUGCCGAGAUCGUCUCUUUGGAAGACUCCCCCCACCAGCUCAGCACCGUGUCCUCCUCCGGCAGCAUCAACAUGGCCGACUCUCCGCAGCUCUCCACGCUGGCCGACCAGGUGUCCGCCUCUCUGGCCAAGCAAGGCUUGUGAAUGCACCCACCUCCUCCCUCCUCCUCCUCCUCCUUCACCUCAAAAACACGACCACGUAGAGGAGUUGUGAUGCCUUCCUCAUUAUUUUCACAGGACUUUUUUAGCUACCCAUCAUCACUGUUUACCCUUCACUAACCUUUCAAACUGUUUUUCAGCCAUUACUAGUAGAGUAAUGAGAAAAAAAUACGGAUUAACAAGUAGGCCAAAAUGAAUUUAAUUUCUCUCUGUGGUCUUUGAUCUCUUUAUUCGCUAUGAUUUCUACCUUUUGUAAGUGUCCCUUUAAGAGUUAAAGCGCCCCAGCAGAGCAAAAUCCUCCUUUAUUUUAUAUCUACACAUGUCCUGGUGAAUCUGAUUUAAGACCUGUCACGCGGACUGUAAACCCUUUAGUUUUGUCCCCUUCGAUGGGUGUCCCCUCAUGUUUUGUUUUUAAAAUAUAGAGAUACAGAACCUGGAAAAAGGAGGGAAACGCAGACUGUUGGGGUCCAGUUACAGGGUACAGUGGCGAGGGGGCGUCUGAGGGAAAAAAAACGUUAAAAGAAAAGUAGCAAAUUUCUCGUUAAAAGGCAGAAAAGAUGCUUUCAGACCUCACUGCUGUCUUUGCUUUGUUUAGUCCCGACAUGUGCUGCACCUCGAGCUACCGUAGGUGACGGCAGGGGGGUGCUACCUGGAUUUAAAAAAGAAAAAAACAACAGCUAGAGUAGAAACUUGUGUUGGGCACAGUUUUAUAAUCGUACUCUGUGGAUAUGACAUGUAUUUGAUAUGAAGAAACAUUUGUAUUGUGCCUGCUACUGUCAGUGUUCAUUUUUUUUUUUGUUUUGUUACUGCUCUAUUGUAAAUGCGCUAAAGCUUGACGUACAAGGAGGAGAAUUAACCUUAAUGCGUUUUAAAGUGUAACUUUCAUGGCCAAAAUUGUCGAGAGACAGAACGAGUUCAUCAGUAUUUAAACUGCUGUAUGCACUUAAAGUUAGGUAGAAUAAAUAAUGUUUAAUCGCAGUUAAUCAGUCUUAAAGCGUGGCUACGUAACUUCUGCUAAACUGAGGCCACUUUUUGUGAUUAUGCUGAAUGCUACGACCGCUAAUUAGCAUUUAGCUGAAAUGCUAAGCUAUUGUAACAGUAGCACGAGUUUAGAAGAAUCGUAACAUCAUUUCAGUGGCUUUAAGCUACUGGUCACACCAGACCGAGUGCGGCUGUAGCAACAAAACCGCUGAGCAUGAUGAUUCGAGCGAAGUCCGUUUCGUUGCUUGUUAAUUCAACUUUUCAGAACUGUCAGAAGAAGAUUGUGUUUUUUCUUCAGUUAAGAGUUACAUAGUCGCGCUUUAAAAGGUUUGGAAAAGCUAGUGUUUUAAAAUGUACUCUACAGGAGUGAAUAUGGGUGUGUUGCAGGGCAGAUGGAUGGAUGGUGGGUUGACUGGGCCAAGUUGAGAUGAGGGAUUUUCUGCUAAAGUGAGCAACGAGAGAAACUGUACAGCAUUGAGUCACAUCUACAGCACUGAACAUAAAGAGACACAGGAUUCAUCAGGAUGUGGCUCUCAGCUGGUUGUUCUUAUCUUCACAGAUUUUAACGCUUGAGUUCCUGGCAAAGAAAAGGCUGCACUACUACACACUGGCCAACAUUAUGUGGACACCUCAGUUUUACCUCCAAAACCAUGGGCUUUAAUAUGGUGCUAUAACAAACAUCCACUCGUCUGGUUUCAGGCUUUCCACCAGAUUUGGUGCUCGCCACAAAGUUGGAAACACUAUCGUCUAAAACAGGCGUCGACCUUUUGUGUUUGCAGUGUGUGAAGAAUUAUUUUAUCUCCAUACAUAUCCUGGUUAAAUCUGACGUCAUUUAAGAUAUACUUAAGAUAUUCUGUUGCAAUGACUGUAAAGUUUUAGGAAGUUAAUGCCCCAUUUUCCCCCUUAUGUUUUGUUAAAAUAUCACCAUAUCAACUUGGAAAACAGGAACAUGCAAAUUAUCUUGGUUCAGUUUGUAUUCAUUCAUUCAUUCAUUCAAUCUUUAUUAAGGACACAGCUUUUCUUUUUUUCAUUAUUUCAUUCAUAUUAAAGCAGUAAAUAAUUUAUCUUCUAAAUGAAGCAAUGUCCACAGGUAUGACCAUUUUUUUCAUGAAUAUUUUCAAGCCAAAAACAAAGAUUAUAGGAAACUCAAGAUGAUUCUGUGCAACUGAAACAUGUUUUUGUUCUACUUUACUUUCCUGUUAAUCAUCUCACGCCCCCUAGUGGAGUCUCAACCCUGAUGCUGGGAACCAUUCGUCUAAAAUAUUGUAUAUAUUAUUUUCUUAAUUUGAAUUAAAUAAGCCCAAAUUAUUACCAAAAGCACUCAAAAUUAAAUUAAAUUGAGAGGCAUGUCCACAUACUUUUGGCUACAUGGUGUAUCUCAUAAAGGGAGAUUAGAAGAGAUUUCAACUUUUCAGGUGAACAAACAUUUCUUUUUCCUGUGAGGCGUUGUUGUAAAGAGCCUUGUAUUUUAUAUUUGAAUGAAACAACCAGCUGGGGAUUUGUUACCAGUUUCCUGUUUUUUUCUCAAUUUGUAAGACACUCAGUUCAUGUGCUCAAAGAUGUUGAUCAAUAUUCCUCAAUAUGAUUCAUCACUAUGAGUAAAACAACUUCUUGCAUGCACCUCAUGUGAGAAACAGCCGUCUGCUUGUUGCCUCCCCUUCACAAAGUGGUCUCUUUGUAUAUCCUGUUUAUAUAUGAUAUGCUCUCUGGAUUCUGAAGGAUAUACUGACUAAAAAAAAUUGUGUGUGUGUGUGUGUGGGUGGUGCUAACCUUCACUCACAGAUUGUGAUAAAGAGUCAAGAAGUCCCACACUUUGCUCCCAAACUGUGUGUGUUUACCAUGUAUUGCCAACAUAGAUAUAAAAACAGUAUUUUAUCUCUAUGAUUGCAAAGAUGCUACUUUUCAUUUAAAAGAACAGACUUGUAGGACUUAAGUGUGUGCUAGCAACAUUAUCUGCAUGCUACAGUAAAUUCUCGGAUCUUUUUUUCUCCAGUAGACCACAUUUCCUCUCGAUGUGCAGGACAGACAUGAGUGGCUGAGGGGUGGGAGUAGUUCCCAGUUUAAGGCACUGGAGCUGUUUGGAGAGGUUUCUGCAGUAAGGAAAAACUCAUCACUCAUUUUUUUUUUUGGUUCAUUCUGACGCUGUACAGUUGUGGAAAUGUGAUUGUUCUCGUUAUUGUGCAUUUUAUCAAUAACUGGUUUAUGAUGAUUCUUGUUGCUGUAUAUGUGUAUUUGAAAAUAAAUGCUAUGAAGUCACA